GCGGUCUCAAGUGCGUCACCUGUGACUGCGGCAAGAACGACCUCAAGGCCAGGUUCUGCAAGCACUGCGGUGGCUCCCUCUCCAAGGUCCACGCGGCGGAGGGGCAGGCGAAACUCGCAAGGGGAACGGCAAGGGCGGCCUGGGCCACGGUCCCGCUGGCGUCGGCGGACCUGGCAAAGGGGCUGGCGGCAAGCAGCCCUUGGCAGUGGGCGCCCAGCCACAGCUAUCCUUGGAAGAGGCUCGCCAGCUCGCGUCUCUUUCGCGCAAGGCGGGCGACGCCGCCGGCGCAAAGCUACCAUCAGCUGGCUCAGCAGAUCUACUCGAGGGACAACCCCUCGGCGGUCCCCAUCCACCAGAGGACCCAGAAGAGCUACGCUGAGGUAUGCCGAUUGGAAAGGCAGAUUGCUGGUGAGCUUGACAAGCAGGAGAAGUGGCAGCGAGAUGUGGAGGCCCAGCGUGUGUACCUCGAGUCUCUCCAGGAGGCGCUGGGGAAGGCAGACGACGCCUACCAGCAGGGCGUCAAGGAGCUCCAGGCUUCCCGCAACGUUGAGAGCGGUGCGUCGCCAGCUUCGACGGCUCUCAAGCUCGCGGCUUUGGUGGACGGCUCCAUCAACAUCGGCGACCUCAUCUUGGUGGACGAGCUGGUGGCGGACGCUUCGCUCGAGACGUCCCUCGAGGAAGCCGACCUGGCGGAGAUCAACCAGCGACGCCAGCAGCUGGGGGCCUCCAUCAGGCAGGCCGCGUCGGAGCUCCUGGGGCCUCUGGUUGCACAG